AUGCCCCCGGCCGCACCUGACGAUUUGAUCCGACAGCAGAGCCGGUCGCUAGAAGACGAUACAUCUUUCAGCACUGAUCAACGCAUCAUUCCAGAGCAUGAGUCAAGUGGAAAGGUCAAAAAGAAGAAAAAUAGCAAAAAAGCCAAGGCUGCGGCCAGAGCCGUCACGGAGUCAGAGACUCCAAAUGAAGUGGUUCAACCAUCGGAGCCUCCGCCUCUAGAGCCAUCCUCUUAUCCAGAUCCCCCUCUGGAACAUCAUGUUCAACCCACCGUGACAUCACCCGUCCUCGACGUGCUCGGCUCAAUGGGAGAUAACACGGACAACGAUCUCACCAGUCGUACCGACACAUGGGCCCAAUCGGUUCCUUUUGGGAAGAGCCCCCCGACGGAUCUGAUGGAUGGCGAGGUUCCUCAUGACUCCUCCCUCAAUUUCCCCACUAUCCAAGAGCGGGGCGGCUUCAGUCAACCUUCUUCGGCAUCGCCCCCUACGCGGCUUCGACCAUUCAGCUACAGCAGUGGGUACCGAAGCAAUAUGCAUUCCCGGCAGCAGUCUGUAGAUCGACGGAAGAGCCACUCCUAUGGAAGUCCAAUGAGUCAUCUUGCACCCCCGCCUCACCUCCCUCAGGCCCAUUUCUACGGCGCCCCGGAAAUCGACAUUCCGUCCCAUCCUCGCCCGGUCACGGAUGGCGCUUAUUCUUUCUGUGGAUUUGAUACUCUUCCAAAUCUGUCAAAGGCGUCACGAGGUGUCUUGAAUGUUCUGGUGGUAGGAACAGACAGUGGAUUGGAAGUCCAGGCGAUCGAAGACCAGCGAACGCGUCUCAUCGGGCAGAUCACCGGUCUCAAUGGCCGUAUUCUCGAGGCAAAGAUCGUUCCUAGCCACUCCCCCACGGAGUCACCUGCAUCCUUUCAGGCCCACGUGGCCGUCAUCAUUCAUGGGCCAUUAGCACCGAACGAGGAAGAGGGGCGUGCCUCGUCGGCGGGCUCUGAGAUCAAUGAAGUGCCCCCGUCCAUGACGCGGGGUCAUUCGAGUGACAGACGCCCACUUCGAGACGAUACCCCGCUCUUCCAGACCCGGGUAGAAGUAUAUUCCCUUCGGUCUGGGGAUCAUGUUGCAACCCUAUUUUCAAGUAAACCUAUACCGUCUCUGGAGAAUAUUCCUGGUCUGCCAUCUCUGGCACCAUCUCCUGUGGGUAGUUUGAAGCUCAUGGCUAGUGGGAACCAUGUUAUUGUAGCUUCUGGUAUCAGUGGAGAAGUUUAUGUUUAUCGGCAAACUUCUUCGGGGUCUUAUCAGUGCUUGGGGAAAACCUGGACAAAUGUACAGACAGGAGAAAGUCGACGGUACUCUGCAUCUUCUAGCUCAACCGACCCGGAUGGCUCUCACUAUGACCUGCCUCGCACGUCGUUGUCGGAGCGUCCUAUUUUAGCUUUACAGGGGAGAUGGCUUGCUAUUGUACCUCCGUCCUCCUCGUACAGGGCAUCUAUUCAAGGAAUAGUCCCUGCAAACCUGGUGCAUGGUCGGGCUCAAGGGCUUGAGACUCGGAGCCCCUCUGCUAUUCCCUCUGUGAACUGUGCCACGGACGUUGGCGAAGGCGAAAGCUUUCUCGACAAGGUUGCCAGAGGCGUCACACAGGAGCUUGUCAAAGGUGCUCGCUGGAUGGGAGAUCAGGGAAUGCAAGCCUGGAAUACCUAUUGGAAUAGCCAGAAUCCUACUAGCACGCCUCCGCAGCGCCCAAGUCGGGGCACAGAUUCCCCAGUCUCGGGAUACGGGAUAUUCCCACCAACGCACGCUCAGGAAACGCAGUUGACAAACUCUCUUGCUCCUGAUGCGGUAUCAAUUAUUGACCUGCAGCGGUUUGAUGACGGCAUGGACGUGAAGACGACCUCCCUCAAUCCUGUGGCAACCUUUCAGGCGCCCAACGGCUGCAGCUUUCUCUCCCUAUCGCCUAAUGGGCUGAUGCUUUUCACUGCUAGCAAGAAGGGUGACGUUCAAUACGUCUGGGAUCUCAUGCAGAUCAAGAAUUGCCGAGCAAUGGCAUUCAUGGCUGAUGACUUGGUUGAUCAGAGCCCCAAUGUGCGUCAGGUAGCGAGAUACGCUCGGUUGACGACAUCGAGUAUUGUCGAUGUGAUUUGGACCUCACCGGUGGGUGAUCGGCUGGCCAUUAUUACUCGUAAGGGGACUGUUCAUGUGUUUGACCUUCCUCAAAGUGCGUUUCAAUGGCCUCCUUUCCGCCGAGUUCGCUCAGCCCCCAAGAAGUCCCCGACCAUCGAUCCCAUGAGUGACGAGAUUUCAGGCCAAGCGACCGGUGGAAAUCCGUUGUCAGCGGCUAUGAAGUUGGUCGGAGGGAAGACCCAGCCCUUCUUCUCCGCUGUCCGAGGCCGUGUUCCUUCAACAAGUGGCACUGCAUUCCCGAACAUCAGCGGAUUCGCUUUACCCACCGCAGCCGGUAUUAAAGGAGGGAAGGUGGUUGCAGCAGGGCUUAGCAAAUCCAUGGGUGCUGCCGCUACUGGUACCGUUCACACCCUGCGACAUGUCGGGGAAAACCGACUCCACUUGGCAGGACUCGCACGAGACCCAGCCCCGUCCCGUGUGGUUUGGAUCUGUAACAAAGGUCUAAUAUACCUAGGCGUGGUGGAUGAUGGGAAUUUCAAGCUGUAUCGCCUCAAACGAGCUGCGACGAACCACAAGAACCGUCAAUUUCACUCUGUGAUUGGCAGCAAGGAGAGACAAUACAAGCUACCUGCUACACUGCAAACCCCCUGUGGACCAGCGCUUUUGAAACCCUACGAUCCGGACUUAUCGGUGAAGGCAACGCUUCUUUUGCCAUCGGCCGGCGCGAACCCCUCAAGUACGAGUAGAUCCUUGUGUCAGCCCCUCUCCCAGGCGGAGAUUGAAACCAACACACCAUACCAGCCUUUCCACACUGACCAGCGGGUUGGCUUGCAUGUCUAUUCUUGUCAUGGCAAUGACGCUGAUCCGACCGUGGCAAAAACUAGCGAACAGUGGGUCUUUGGAGGCAAUAUUACAACUACGAAGGUACACGUCAAAUCGUACAACAAUAGUGGCGAUGACAAUGCGGACGAUGAAGACGAAGACGCCGCCGUCCAUGGACACUCAUUUGGUGCUGGUGGUGAAAUAGAGAAUCUCAUAAGUUUGGCCAACAGUACCGGUCAUGUCGAGGAGGUAGUUAUUACCACCCGACGAAAGAAGAAAGCGUCACCUCCCCUCAAGACUGAUGAUGGCUUCUUUGAGGAUGACUGUGAGGUUCUGGACUUUGCUCGGGACCGAGUCUGA